CUGUAUUUCUCUACCUCGCUCUCUCUUCAAACACUUUUCUCUCAGCUACCCAAGAUGGCGGCAGCGUCGUCCAUCCAGCCGCCGAGCGUUCACUCUUCUCUCACCCGGGAAAGCGCGCUCUCCCCGGACAUGGACAGCCCCGAAAGCAGGCAGCCGGAGGAUGAAGAAGCGGUGGCGGCGGCUGCAGCGCAGCCCUCCGAGGCGGGCGUCAGCCUCCGCGACCUGCCGGACCUGGAGUCGGAGGAGAUCGAGAGGAGACUGGCCAAAACUCGCAGGGAGCUGAGCAACAGGAGGAAAAUCCUCAUUAAAAACCUGCCGCCCGACACCUCCAACCAGGAAGUCCAUGAAAUCCUAAAAGAAUAUGAGCUGAAGUACUGCUUUGUGGAUCGCAAUAAAGGCACAGCCUUUGUGACUUUGCUGAACGGGGACCAGGCUCAGGAUGCCAUCCGCUCCCUCCACCACAGCACUGUCCGAGGACGCCUGAUCAACGUCACCCUGCAGCCCACAGAUUCCCUGCUGUGCCUCACCAACCUGCCCCACACCUUCACGGCGCAGCAGUUCGAGGAGUUGGUGCGCUUGUACGGAAACAUCGAACGCUCCUUCCUGGUUUACAGUGAGCUAACGGGCCACUCCAAGGGAUAUGGGUUUGUCGAGUACAUGAAAAAGGACUCUGCAUCGCGGGCCCGCUCGGAGCUGCUGGGUCGGCCUCUGGGGGAUCGGUCGCUGAUGGUGCAGUGGAUGGAUGUCAACCAGUUGAGCCAGGAGGAGAACCUGCACUCAAAGUGUCUGUGUGUGGACCGGCUGCCUCUGGACCUCUGCGACUCUGACGAACUGGCCCAGCUCUUCUCUGAAACGUAUAAACCAGUCUUCUGCCAGCUUGCUCAGGAUGAAGGGAGCCCAGUGAGAGGCUUUGGUGUGGUGGAAUACGAGAGCGCAGAGCAGGCUGAAGCUGUGCUGACUGAGAUGGACCGAACUCUGGUGGGAGGACAGGAGGUUCGUCUGUCGCUCUGCACCCCCGGCACCUCAGGGAGAAGCACCUUGGCUGCUCUCAUUGCUGCCCAGGGUAUGAUUAUGAGUAACAGGAAAGGCUUACUACCAGAACCAAACCUGGCUCAGCUGUUGACCAGUAUGACCAAUCCAGCUGCCCUGCAGAUCCUUAUGAGGCCGUACCAGGGCGGAAAAAGAGGAGGAAAGUACGGGCGUAACGCAGGCCUCCCGUUCCUCAGACCUCCUCUCACUGCAGCUCUGCUUACGCUGGGAAAAGCUCACCAGAACGCUUUGGUUGGUAACGGACUCCUCCUCCAGAACCUCCUGCACAUGCAGCUCGCACAGCAGCAGCUUCUUCACAUCAAAGACAAGCGCAUCAGCAGUGUCACCAGUCUGCUUGGAGACCCUUCCAGGCUGCUGAUGCAGAAAGCUUUAUCUCUGCGACCUCCAGGUCUCUUACCGCUGGGGAAAGGCCUCCUGGGAGACUCUCCUACAGAGUUGCUGCAGGAGUCUGUGCCACCUUCUACCCUUAGCUCUGCAGUAGUGGCUUCAGCAGCAGGUGUGAUGCCUUACCUUCAGGGUCGAGGAUCAGGAACAGGAGGGGGAGACCAAAACAUCUCCCAUACUGUGUCUACAACCCCUUCUGCUUCCACCUCUUCCCGUUCCACCUCCUGCGACAGGCAGCCAGCUCCUCCUGGGACGAUGGGGAGCUCCCAGCCACAGGGACAGAGCUACACUUUGAGUUUAAGUAGCUCAGGCCUUGGUCCGCCUCCACCUAAACCCCCUGGAGGAGUGUAUACAUCAUCAGGCCAGCACAGCAGCUCAGAUGGUAACAGCCUGACUAACAUGGUAAACAGUGGUCAGAAUUCUUUGUUGGGUGAUCCUCCUAAAGAAGUCAGACUGCCCUCAAAUCCUUACCUGAACUUGGCCAGUGUGAUGCCGGGAGUUGUUCUGCAAAACUCUGUGGCCAACAAGCCUCAGGGAGGACAGCCAGGCACCGGAGUGUACGGGAACCCGGUCGCUCCCAUGGUCUCUCAGGGUUCUGCCUCAUUCUCCCAUAGCACAGCAGCUACAACUCCUGCCCCGUACAGCUCUGACACCUCCUCUGACUUCACCCAGUACAACCAAGCAUACACACAGGAGGCCAUGCACCAGUGGUACCAGCACUACCAGGCUGCACAAGCCCACACCUACAGUACCGCUGCCCCACAGGAUGGCACGGCUGCAGACUACAGCAAGGAGCACACACAGGUUCCUGCCGUCUCCACGUACGGGGAUUACUCUACCUACAUGCAGGCUGUCACUCAGUACUACUCCCAACCUGCAACAACCAACCAGGUCUUCGCCAGCAAGGAAGUAGAAGUUUGUAAGCCUCUAGGGGUCCCUCUGCAUGCAGUCAGUAAUGGUCCAGCACCUCCUGCAGCAGUCCUACCUGCUGCCGCCGUGCUCCCAGCCUACAGCACUCUGCCUUUGAUGCCUGGCUUCCUUGGAGCACCACACCCAUCUGCAGCUACACCCAGCUCCGUCACGCACGGACACACCACGGCCACCGACUGGAACACGUACUACUAUAACCAGACCCGGGGCAUUAAGAGGGACUACCCUCAGCUAGCAGUGCAGGAGGCGCCGCCAUCAGAGGGUGCGUAUAUCGGGCAGCACUCCCAGGGCCUGGGGGGGCAGUAUGCUGACUACUUCAAGAGGAAGAGGCUCUAGAAUGAACCAAAUUAUCUUAAAACCCAUAGCUUCAGGAGGGACACACAACCAGCUGGAUGUCACGGCUCCCUCUAGUGGCCUUUUCUGUGGCUGCCAUUUUGCAUCCCUGCAGUAGGUGUUGAGUUGGGUCAAAUCAGGCCUGCAGAUGGCUGGAGUGAAAACAAGCCAUAGUGCUCUUUGAUUUUGAAACUUUCGUACUCUUUCACAGUAUUGCUUUUGUCUUGUUCAAGCCUUAACUAUUUAUCUUAAAUGUUUGUUGCUUUGUCACUGUUCCUAUAUAAUAUAAUCCUGUACAUCUUUUUUUUCAAACAUAAUCUAAAGUAUAUUAUAUCUGUCUGUAGAAGCUGCUUUUGUGUUUUCAGGCAGCUGAUCCGGUCUGGAUGCUGAAACUGCCCUCCCAGUUGGUCCUUUUCACGUCUUUUUUAGGAUCGCACUCUCAGAUUUGAUUCGUCAGUCAGACUGACAUCUGUUUCUUCUAGCUUCACUGCCUUUUAUUACCUAGGAUCCUCUCUUAACCUACCUGAGGGUGUGUGAGUGUGCGAGUGUGUGUGUUUUGUGUGUUGCUAUGCUGUUAUCUGUAGGAAGUGUCAGCCAUUUCUAUCCCAUGUUUUGGGAGCAGAUCAGGAAAAAAGGGUCUAAAUCAAUCAAAGCCCUUAAUUUUGGUAAAUAAAAUAAAAAAAAAAGAUCAUCUCAGUAAUUGGACUUCUGAGAUGAAGUUGAAGGAAUUAAAACAAACAACUAACUGUUAUGUAAAUAUUGCAGUGUAGUAUAGACUAUAUGAAGCCAUGCAUAACAGACAAUAACACGUAUAAUAAAGGGCGUUUUGAUGCUCAUUUUUGAGUGUGGUGUACAAAAGAAUAUUCAGCGUUUUGUCGAUCUACAGUAUAAUCUUAUAUAUUUGUAACAUAAUAAUCUGAGUUUGAGUAUUGUAUUAAUAAGUCCUGAUGAGACUUUAACGUAGUUAUUUGUCUUGUUUUGUACGGUUUUCCUCCUCUGCUGUUUUUGUUGUAAAACAUAUUUUUUUCUGAAAGUUUUAAAACUGUUACAGAAGCUUUAAGUCCAUAUUCAGCUGCCACUUUCAUGAAACGCUCAGACUGUAUACCAAGAAAUGGUUCGCUCGGUUAUAAAAACAUGAUUGAGGGUGCUACUCGGAAACAGUUAAAUGGUAAUAAUUAAAAGUAAUAAAACGUCUCCAGGAGCAACGCCCCAAUACUCUUUUCCAUAAUCGGUGGAAAAGGCUAUUGCCUUUAGAGUAAUCAAACUCUUUCUGUAAUAACUGAAAAGCCUUUUGCAGGUUUCUGCUGGAUUCGUUUGACCGUUUGUAGUGACCUCCUUCCCAUCACCCUAAUCUUUAGCUUCCUUUACAGACUCGCCAUCAGUUUCAAGUUGGGACUGGACCACUCCAAAACAUUUUACUUCCAGUCAGAAGAAACAUGUUGGUAAAAUUAAAACAUUACUUUAAAUCUAAAUCUGCCAGGGAUAUAACAUGUACAUAUACCCCUGCUAAUAUUUGGAUAAAAAUCCCUUAGCAAAUUACGUGUUUUCUUUAGCCAUCAACAAGCUCCUGGCAGAAUGUUGACUGAAUGUUUGGCCACUCUUCUGGGCAGAAUUGGUACAGCUCAAUUGAAAAUGGUUGGUUUCCCGGGUCUGGUGGUGGUGCUGGGGUAAAGCGAGUGACCCAAAUACAGAGGGUACAGUCCUCGACGCAGCCCUCAUGGAGUCCCGGCCUGUUGACCUUUGCUGCAGGUUUUCCUCUCUCUCUCCACCCAACUUCCUGUCAGUCAACGUACAAAAUAAAGGCCACUAUUACCACAAAUAUUCUGAGAAAAAAUAUUUGAUUUCCUGCCCCAGACCUGGCUUUAAAGCUUGGUAAAUAUAUUUUCAUUAGAGUUGAAGUCAGGACCAUUCCAAAACCAUUUUUCUGUGAACAUUUGGGAAUCAUUGUCCUGAUGCAACAUGGCCAAGUUUAAACGCUCUAACCCAUCAGCCAUCAAGGCUUUAACCUGUCAUAAACUGGAAACCGUUGAGACACCACUGAGACUGCCCACAGUGAGAAAUGUUUAAGAUCAUCAUGAACUGAGGAGACGCCAACCAAUAAAGAUUAAGCUCAGCUGAAAUUUGCAGCUGCCCACACGGAAAAGCAGCAUUUUGUGGUCAGAUGAGGCACAAGUUCAGGUAUUUUGGCUGAGUUACAAGAAGUAUAUGUGGAAGAGUUAAAGUGAGGGUUUCAAACCUCACACGUCGGUAACAGUCAGGCCUGGCGGUGUCAGUAUCAUGCUGAAGUAUGUUGAGUAAUAUAGAUAAAGGACUACCUUAAAUUUUUUCAGCUUCUUCACAAACCAACAGCCAGAUGGUUGAAGCUGGAAACUCCAACAGGACAUUGAUCCCAAAUACACAUGACACCUGGGUUUGGAAUGAAUAAUGCAGCUGCAGUCCUGACCUUUACCCUAAAGACCGUUCAUGCUCUUGGCUUAAGAUGGAAAAACAAAUCAAUUUUAAUGAGCUCUACAAGUUCUAAGAAGAGUCAUCAAAUAUCCAGUCAGAAUUAUUUCAGAACCUUGUUGAUGGAGACUGGGUCUCCACAACUUGCCAAGUGACCUUUAUGCAAAUAUUUGUGGGGGUGUAUGCAUGUAUUGGAAAGUGUAAUAAUAAUUUUUGUUCUGUGUGGAUUAGAUAAAAUCCACAAUGAAGUUGUGCAACCAAUUCAUGUUUUUAUAAUUCCUUAAAGUUGUUUGAUGAAUUGUCGUAUUGCUAUUUUCUAUGUUUUUCUUGCAAAAAUGACUUAAGUUUUGAUAAUAAUAUUGCAGAGACAGUUUGCAGAGUUAGUAUAGUGAGAGGAGGUGGCUUGUUUUUAUUUCACAUUUUGAACACUGUUUAAGUGCAGCGACUUGUCAAAAAAUAAACGGCAAUAAGGAAUGCUCCAGCCACAGUCAAAAGAUGAAUGUACAAGGUUUUUAUUUUUUCUUCAAGUCUUUAGCAGUUCUAAACUGCCACUGGUUUAUACUCAUGGUGAAAGCUUUCUCUUUGUUUUCUAUCUAUAUUUUUAUGUCUUUGCAUUUUGCUUAGAAAUCAGAAUUUUAUAUCUCUAAGAACAAUAUCGCUUGUAUUGCCAUGGCAGUCAUGCUCACAUACUGUGAAAACCAACAGCACACAGGAUGAGCUGAAGCAAACCCAGAUGUAUUUCUUACUGUAGGUAGGAUAGACGUGAGGUUUAGAUCCACGCAGACAUGUUUAUUAGGUGGUAAAAUUGCAGUAAGGUUAAUUUUCAUACAUACCUGUGCAAUUUUUGUCAAAGAAAUUUAUACAAGAAAAUUACAUCUACUCCUAAACUGAACCAGGUCACACAAAGGUCAUUAGAAAAAGAUCAAAUUAAGAUAAUAAAACUCAAACUGAAAGGAACUACUGUAGACUUCAUGAAGGAGUUUAAAGCUCCAAAACCAUUCUUGAUUAUCUUUGUUCAAAAUAAGCUGUUGCAAGGUCUCCAAAAUAUAUCUACAAAAAAUAUGUUUUAUUGGAAGUGCAUGGCAGUUCAAAUAGCCAAUCUUAACAUUUACCUAAUUGCUGAGUAGACAGUGCUUUGCAAAGGUUUUCCCACCUCUAGAAUGGUUUCACAUUUGUUCAUGAUGAAAUCACAAACCUCAAUGGAUUGUAUUUUUGUUUAAAAUCUUAAAUAAAAUCUGUGUGUGUAGUUUUCAUUUAGUCCCCUUGAGACCAUCUUUUAUCGGGGUUUAUCUCUAGCAGCUUUGUAUAUAGACUGAAAUAUGUUCAUUAAAUUUGUGUCCAUUCAUUAUACAGAAAACUUCAGGGUCAGAUUGGAUGGAGAGCAUCUGUUAACAUCAAUAUUCAAGUCUUGCCACAGUUUGUCAGUAGGAUUUAGCUCUGGACUUUGUCUAGGCUAAGAGAUGAACAUGCCAACUGUAGGUCUAGCUGCAUAUGGUGGUUGUCCCACUGAAAGGUGAACCGUUGGUAGGGGUAGAAAUACUUUUGCAAGGCACUGUAAUUGCAUGACAGAAUCUAAACUUCCUGUUUAUAACCUUGUGAGCCUCAAAAGAUCUGUUUAGUCAUACAGUGUUUAAUUCCAGAACAUGGGACUUGUAAAUGUUUAGCUAAGAUUUAUGUACAAACCAGGAAAAUAGAUUUUAUUUUAGUGUUUUUUAGCCGCGGUCUGCAUCCCUGUAGUUGUGCUUACAGGUUUACACGUUAUCCACACUGCCCACGUUUUUCUUUUUGUCAUACUGAUCCAUCUGAGAUGCGUCCUCCACCUUUUGUAUUUAUUGGGGUUAUGACCUUACUAAAGUGUGUAAGCCCCUUGUUGAUUCUGUUGAAUUCGCAGCACACGACCACACAGCCAGUAGGUAAACAACCAUCGGGUGCUGAUCCAUAUUCAGCACAUACCAGUGUUCAUAUUGAAACACUUUGCUACCAUCUGGUAUUCUGGGUUUUGCCUAAUGAUGUCUAAUUGUGCCAGUUUACGUAUUAAACACCUAAAUGUUUCUGCUUUAUCUGUGCUAUAUUUAAACACUAAUUAAAAUCUGCUUGACAGUAAAAACACUUUUUUUUUUUUUUUUAAAGUAAAUCAAUUCUAGGUUUAAAUAUGAAUCUAAAUAUUAAUUAUCAACUUAUUUAGGUAUAUCCCUUUUAUUAGUUUAAUAAUAUUUUACUUUAUCUUUAAUUUUGUUUAAACAAUGAUUGUAUGUUCACGAUGAAUUUUACUGCAUUAAGAUUUUAGUUUUAUUUGUGUAAUUCCACAACGCAUCGUUGUGCCUAGUUUUUAUAAAAAUACAAUUUGUUCCACAGUAUUUGCUCAUAGACCCAUCUCACUUACUGUGUACAGUUUUGUUCUUUUUUGAUUUAUCGUGAAACAAAAAAUGCCAGAUCUCCUUGGGGGAAGUUUGUGGUUUCUACAGAAUAACAGAUUUCUGUACUUUGGCUUUUUGUCGAGACCAUUUUGCAUUUUCUCUGCUCUUUUUUUUUAUUUUUAUUUGGGCCUGGUCCUGACAGAAUCAAUUCAGACCCCUCUGUCUGGUCCAUUUCAAUGCUGAUAGUUGAUUUGUUUCCUCUUGUGAGCAGAUGAAAUAGUGAUUGGUCUUAUUUCAAGAGGAAAACGUAUUCCUGAGGAGUGAGGAAUGUGUUGUAGCCGGAGGUGGAGCUUAGCAGCUGAGGCCGCAGGAUUUGAAGGGGUCAGGUCGGGCUUGUCUCCUGUGCCGUCUCGUCUCCUUUACUUUUUCCUCAGAUCCGCCUGUUGUGCCAACUUUUUCUUCACUAUAUCCCAUCAUCUGUCUAAAACUAUAGAAAUGUUUGAGAACGCAGACAGACCAUUUCAGAUUGUAAAACUGAAGCGUCUUUCCCCUGUAAACUCUUUGCUUCAUGUGUUUGGGUGAUGCUUCUAAACAUUCAUGAUUUCAUAUGGUUUUGUCUUUAGAAAAUGUAUCCCCUAUAACAAUAUUAGAGAUAAUUUUCUACAUAACAUUUCCUCUUGGUUUACUUUUAAGAAAUUAACACUCUGAAGAACUGGAAAUGAAAAGCUUGACGCCAACUCUUUGCAUUUUCCAGGCAGAGAAUAAGGUGACACAAUCUGCUGGAUUCCUUAACCUUUUACUAUUGUUGUUUUUCAUUAUUAUUAUUAUUAUUAUAAAUUCAUCUGACUUUAUGACAUUUAUUUCAAUCAUAUUUGGGUCAGCCAUAAUUUACUGGAUUGGUACAUUUGUCUCCAGCUGGAAAAUUAGUCAUUUAAUUCGACCAUACAUAAUAGUUUCAGCUGAACCCGUUUGCUUUUUUUUCAAACAUAUACAAAAAACAAAUAGUUUAUAUCGUCGUCUCAUCAGUAUGAUGUCUUGCUGCCCUGACUUUGUCCAGUAAAACCCCAUAAAACAAUUUCUCAUUGUUUCUGGUGUAGGUGAGGCAGCAGAUUAGCCCCUUAUGGUGUUUCCACCAUCACGCUUCAUUAUGCUUCAAAGUUUUGCAUUUUCCACAACAUGUAUCUGUGCAGACUCAACCAACUUCUAAUAUUUAAUAAAAAAUAAGAUCAGCAAAAUUACUGACAAAAUGACGUGUGCAAAGUUGGAUCUGAUGUGCUAUGUUUUAUUCUGCCAAAGUGUUUAUUUGUGCUUAUUUGCCUGAAAAUAUUGUAGCAAUAACUUAGUCGUUAGGGUAGAGGAACAUGCUGAACAGUUGUAUUUAUGGUGUUCAUCAUGUUUAUUAUUUUACAGUAGCAGCAUGCUCAAAGAUUUAAAGAUCUGGGGAUGUUUUAUUAUUCAACGUCCUUCCUGUUAGCAACAGUAUCUGCAGAUUCAUUCAUGGUAGUUAUUGCUGUGGGGUUUAUAGCAGAAAUUUCAUUUGUUUUUCAAAGUUGUCGCACUGUUGCCCUUUUUAUUCUCGGUUUUCCUUUGAUAUUUGCAGGCCAGUUUACACCAGAAGAAUCAUUACCAGACUAGACUGAUAAUGAUCUUGCAUUGAUUUCAGACCUCCACACUUUCAUUAAGGAUAUAUAAAUCCUGUUAUUUCCAAAUAAUUUAUGAAUUUGCGCAGUUGUUUUUGUCUGAAGUGAACAUAUCCAGCCAGUAUCUGCAAGUACACGAUUAUCAUCUUCCUGUAAGAAGCAAUUGGCUCUAGAUGUGAGUGAUUAUAAAUUAACAAUCUGUUGCCCCCUUGGUUUAUUUGUUCUCAGUAGGUUUCUGUCUGGUCCAUCUUGACUUGAUUAAAACUUCUUAGUUCCGGCUGUCUCGAACCAUUGAAUUGCAGAUAAUACUAGGCGCCUUUCUGUGUCGCUGUCUAAAAAUGAGCUCCUGGCAGGCAACAGAGAAACAGGGAGAGACAGACUGAAAGAGAAAUAGGAAAAAAACAACUUCAGCUGCCUUCAGCCUGCAGGGAUUAUUCCGCCACUGUCUGCUCGCUCACUGAAGUGUCGGUUAUGUCUGCCAGACUCCUGCUCUUUGCAGGCACCUGUAGAGCUGUCACAUUGUGGAACUGCCUGCUCACUGCUUGGGGAUAUAAACCAGGUGGACUCUGACACAGGUCUGCAGGUGUGAUCCAAACUGUUGUUACUGUCUUACCUGCAGAGAGAAUCUUCCUGCUUCCUCAGCACCAGAGAAAAGGAUUGAGUGAAGCUUGGCUGCUAGCAUUAGUUUCCCUGAAUUGGUGUUUUUCUUCUGUAUUUUGACCUUGUCGAUGAUGCUAAUCGGCACAAAGCCCGGGUGUAAACAUGAGCUGAAGGAUGCUCGGAUCAUCUUAAUAUCAGCCUGCUAGUGGGCGGGCAUUUUUCACCUCAGGGUUUGCACAGCAAUGAAACUACAAAUAAUGGCCUGACGCAACAAACAUUUUUGGAGAGUGCUUGGUUAAAUCAGAGCAGAAACGUUGCAGGGUUUGGUGUUUCACUCAUUUUGUUUGCAAAAUGAAAACACUGAUGUUGGGUGCUUGGGUUAAAGUUCAGGAUCGGAGUUGUUGCGUUUCACGGUGAUGUGUGAGCAUCUGCACAUUGAUCAGUAGAGAGGCUGCGCUUUGCAAUAGAGAAUGAUUGUGUGUUGACCACAGCUUAGCACUAUUUAUACAUUUGUUUUUCUCACCAAUUUAAUGGCUGUAAAUAGUUCUUGGUUAGCUGUUUACUGAUCCACACAAAUGUUUUGCUUUUCAACUGUUUCUUUUUUUCCAACUGCAGAGUUUGAGAAGUUUUACAUCAUAUUAAUAUUGUUUUACUGUUUAUAAGGUAUUUCUAGAGCAGAUUUUGCAUGACAUACUGCUGUAAUAUAUAGAACCAUUUCAGUUGAAUAUAAUGAUUUAAACUUAAAGAAAGCAACUCAGACCUUAUUUAUUUUUUCAUUGUGAAUUUGUAUUUUUUUUUUUUGGAAAAAAUUAUACAUUUCUUGGAGCAGAAGGAUUUGCCUUUUACAUUCCUAAAUAAAGUGUGGAUUAAAGCGUC